AUGGCAGAGGUCCCAGACGAACCUUACCCAAGUGUUGUGUCACAAAUAGACGGCCACCCAAUGUCCUCCCAUGUAUUCUAUCGCACCUCCGUUGGUGGACAGAUGAACAACCAAAAUCAAUCGCGUAGUUCUAAUCCUUUCGACUUCUCUAAAGAACACGAUACAUCCAAUGACCGCUCAACCAGGAUCCAGGCACAAUGUACAGACUGCGUCAUGAAAGUCGAAGAUGGAGGCGAAAAUGAUCAUACAGUGCGGCCACUGGCAACACUACAAUCGUUUCAGAAAGGUUCGUCGCCGAUUAGCAUGUGGGAAAUUGAAAGAUACCAGGUCCGCAGGGACGCUGCCGAGGGAAAUCUCUCCAAUGUGGCUGACAUGGUGGAAAAGGACUGUGAGAGCAGUGCCCCUGAUCACACGGCAGACACAAACUAUGAUCGAGCAUCUAACAACGAGUCUCCUUUUGUAAAGGAGUCUGCGCUCAUCGAAUACAUGAUCACCGAAUAUACUUCACUGGCUGACAGUGUCUUUGAUCUGGGCUUUGCAGAUACAAGAUACGAGCGACCACGAGCCGCCCCUGCCGUUCCCAAAAGAGAUUUACCCAACGCUUUGAAGCAAGCUGACUGUAUCUCGAUGAAGAGAUCAACCAAGGCUGAGUCGGUUUCGAGGAACUUUCGGAGGCUGCGUCUGGAUACUCAUCACACUAAUCGACCUCUGUAUAGAUCGCGAUCGGACCAGGACAGUCCAGACUGGGCCUGCCAAACAUCCCUGGCCAUCGAAGCUGGAGAAAUGGGGAUAGAAAGUGCACACACGAAUAGUUCAUAUUCCAAGUCAGACUAUGAGAGCCCAGACUGGGCCUGCCAAACAUCUCUGGUCCUUGAAGCUGGAACGAUUUCGACAGAUAGCGUACACAGUUAUUGUGGAUAUUCAUCACCGAGACAUAUUUUGGAUACGAUGCGGAGCCUAACAAGAAUGCUUUUACCACAACGCAAGAGAGUGCAAAGCCUCGGAACAAGAGACAUGCAGGUGGCUCAUUCAUCGCCCUUCAGUAGGCAUAGUUGGACUCACUCUUCAGGCAACAGGGAUUUCGAAGGUGCCUUGCAGUUUGUGUCAAGAGCGAAAGCUCCUCAACCUGUAGGGAGAUAUAGGAAAAUAGAAAGUACGAUAGGAGAAAGGCCAACAAGACAUGAGCAUGUGCAGGUGGCUCCGCCGAUAGACUUGAAUAAGAGUCUGCCUGCCCUGCCCUGGCAACCGUGCGAGCAAAACGAAAAAGAACAUUCGGAGUCUCGCUAA